CUCGUGGGCGGCAUUUUGUACGCAUUUUCAGCCUCUUGUCUGAAUCUGAGUCCUUUCUGCACUUGCGCUGUUUUCAUGUUCUUUUCGUAAAGACACAAUGAGAUUUGCGCCAUGGAACCCGAGCGAGGAAGCGAUCAAGAGAGGCUCUUGAGUCCAGCCCUGACGAUCUUCACCGACUUCAACUUGGACCAGUUGGAGGCUUCGUCUUACAAUGACGACGAGAGGCCACAACGGUCGAGGAAUCGACCAGAUGGCUCUUGGCUGAGUCGAGCCUUUGCAAGCUUCUUUGGCGUUUUCGUCUUCUUCAUCAUUUUCUAUGCAUCGGAUCUGCUUUAUCCAGCCACUGUACCACACCAUCAUGAAGCGCCAGUCUACGAACUCGUCCGAAUAGUUCUGAGCACUUCUUGGGACUUCAACGCCGCGGCAAGCACCAGAGAAUACUACUGGACCAUCAAUGAUGCGAGCUUCAAUCCUGAUGGGAUCUGGAGGCCGAUGAUGCUCAUCAACAACCAGUUUCCUGGGCCUCUCAUCGAGUGUAACGAGGGAGAUACCAUCGCUGUCCACGUCCGCAACGAGGCUGUCAAUGCUACAGCCAUUCAUUUUCACGGCAUGUAUCAAAAUGGCACAAACUCCAUGGACGGCACCGUUGGCGUUACGCAAUGCCCAAUUGCACCCAACGCGACGCUCACGUACAGAUUCACGGUCGAGAAACAGUCAGGAACAUAUUGGUUCCAUGCACACCACAGUAAUCAAGCUUCAGAUGGGCUCGUCGGGCCUUUGAUCAUACACCCAAGAGAUAACCAAGCGGCCAGGGACCAGUACUCGACUGAUAGAGUUGUCAUCAUUUCGGACCACUACCACAACACGUCUGCUGAGUUGUUGAUGGACUACCUUCAGCCAGACCAGGAGAACGACGAGCCUGUGCCGUCAAGUGGCCUUAUCAACGGGCGCAACUACCGCGACUGUGCCGACUUUGAUGGAUGGAAUUGCCAUAAUCAGAAUGCUCGUCUGCAGUCUUUGGAAAACUUUGACCUGGCACCAAAUGACCGGCACCGCCUGAGGUUCAUCAACACCGGCGCCUUUGCCGAGUUCCAAGUCGAGAUCGACGAGCAUCCGCUCUACAUCACCGAGGUUGACGGAACUGAUGUUCACCCUGAGCCCUUCCACCGCCUCAAUAUCCUUCCGGCACAGCGCUACAGUGUGGUGAUUGAGACCAACGUUACCGCUGCCGACUCAUUCUGGCUUCGAGCUAGGAUGGUCACGCACUGCUUCGCACGAGAAAACCCCUGGCUCGACUCAGAAGUGAAGGGAAUCGUGCGGUAUGCCGCAGCAGAUCUCUCCAGCAUCGAGAAGGCACAUAAAGUAGCCCCAGAACUCAGCGAACCCCAAAGCAGGAGCUGGGAUGAGGCAAUAGACGUCGACUGCCGAGACAUGAACACAACUCUCCUCAGACCCCUCGACGCGAUUCCAGCACCCAACACCACAGCCACAAUGUACCUUCGCGCCAACUUUGAAAUCGGGGCAUGGCGUCUGUCGCGCGGCUUCUUCAACGCCUCGACGUGGCACGCCAACGUAACCUCGCCGGCUCUGUAUCGCUUUAUGAACGCCGCGAAAAGCGACAAUGACACGUUAUUCUCGUCCACAACCGGAGUAAAUGAUAUCACCUUCAAUCCCGAAAAUGAGUUUGUGUACCAAACAGAAGGUGUCCAAACGGUCAACAUAAUCAUCAGCAACUUUGACGACGGCGCGCACCCGUUCCACAUCCACGGACACAAAUUCUUCGUUCUGAAGCAGUCUCCAACAGGCUAUCCACCUGAAGACAUGACCGAGUUGGAAGAAGAGCUUGCGGCCUCGGGCGUCCUAGAGAACCCGCUCAGAAGGGACACGGUGACUGUCCAAGGCUACGGCUGGGCGGUUGUCAGAGUCGUCCUGGAUAAUCCGGGUAUGUGGGCUUUUCACUGCCACAACGCAUGGCAUGCGGAGGCUGGCAUGAUGAUGAUGAUUGCGGCGAGGAUCGAGACGGCCAAAGGAUGGAACGUGGCGAGCGAUGAGGAGAUACGGCUCUGCGAGUUGCCCGGGGUUGAGAAAGGGGCCAGGCCUAGUGAUGACAUUUGGUUCGGGAACUUUGGUUGAAAGAGCAAAUACGAGAUUCUGUAAAUAGAGGGUUCGUAAUUAGUAUUGCCCGGAUAGAAGGGCCCAAAGAGAGAAUGAGAAGCUUCGGCGGACAAAGGAAAUCCGAGACCGAU